AAACAGGCACAACGUGGUUCCAUAGCGGCAACCUCAUCACAAACUUUCUCCACAUUCUUUGCAGACAAAAACCUCGUUAAAAUAUUCCCAUAAUAAUCACAAAACCCCACGUUGUAUUUCUUUCCAAGAAACCAAUAAGCACAGGACUGUUUCUGUGGUUACUGGCACAGAGUUUAACUGUUCAAGAGAUUUGUCUGCUGCUGCAAAGCAAAGUCUUCAUCAUCAUCAUUCAUGGCAGAUCAGAAUAACAAGAAGGUGGUGAAGGUGUAUGACACGGAACAGGAUGUGGCUGUUUCCUUGGCCAAAUAUACCGCCGAUUUGUCGGCUAAAUUUGCUAAAGAGAGAGGGUCUUUCACUGUUGUUUUGUCUGGAGGUUAUCUCAUUGACAGCAUCAGGAAAUUGACAGAGCCGCCAUAUGUUGAUUCGGUAGAGUGGUCAAAAUGGCAUGUUUUCUGGGUGGAUGAGAGAGUUGUUCCUAAGAAUCAUGUUGACAGUAACUAUAAACUUGCCUUUGAUGGUUUUCUCUCUAAGGUACCGAUCCCCGCCGGUCAGGUUUAUGCCAUCAAUGAUGCCCUGUCAGCUGAAGGUGCAGCUGAGGAUUACCAAACCGUUCUCAAGCAUUUGGUUGAUACUGGGGUGUUAGCCAAAUCAUCGGUGAAUGGAUUCCCAAAGUUUGAUCUCAUGCUUCUGGGGAUGGGUCCGGAUGGACAUGUAGCUUCUCUGUUCCCUGGGCAUCCACUUCUCGAGGAAAAUGUGAAAUGGGUUACUCACAUUAUGGACUCACCAAAACCACCUCCACAGAGAAUUACCUUUACCUUUCCUGUCAUCAAUUCAUCUGCAUAUAUAGCCAUGGUGGUGUGCGGUCCUGGUGAAGUUGAUGCGGUUUACAAAGCAUUGGGAACGACUGAAAAUCCCGUAUUGCUGCCUGUUCAGAGGGUGACACCAGAAGAAGAAUUGAGGUGGUUUUUGGACAAAGUUGCAGCUUCAAAGCUGCAGGAGUGAAAUGAUUCCCUAGCUUUAUUUACAAUAAGACUAGCAUCUUGUGUAUGCUUCGUUGACUGUGAUCAGUAUGUUUGCUAAUGGCUAUUGUAAUAUAAUCUCAGUAACUGUUGAGGAACAGUACUGGGGAUGCCUUCUUGGUGGCCUUAAUAAAAAAAAAAUGAUGAAAUAUCGUUUGAAGCUA